AUGGAUAAUGAAUACGGCAAUGAUGCCAACCCAAGGACCAGCCUGAUCCCACUGUCACCCGCCGUCACCGGCCGCCUGACCCGCCCGUCUCCCGCCGUCACCCCACCACCGCGUCAAAUUAAGGAGAUCAAGGACUUCCUGCUGACGUGCCGGCGGCCCGACGCCAAGUCGGUGCGCAUCAAGAAGAACUCUGAGAAUACCAAGUUCAAAGUGCGCUGCAGCCGCUUCCUCUACACGCUGGUCAUCACCGACAAGGAGAAGGCCGAGAAGCUGAAGCAGAGCCUGCCGCCCGGUCUGUCCAUGAAGGAGUUUGGCAAAUAA